UUUCUUCCGUUUAAUCCGAGCGGCGAGUUUCUUCGCAUCGAUCCAUCUUUGCAGGGCUCGGUGCUUGCCUGUGGUGUUUGGACGAGGAGGGUGCAGCACUCCCCCCCCGCGUCGCCCGCGGUUAUCUCCCUUCUCCCGCGAACGGUGCUUACUCGCGUGGUUUUUACGAAUCUCUCUGCUCCUCCAGCUUCGUGGGCCACGUUUUCCGCGACGGUGGUUACCAGGUGCAGUUUGCCGCUUUGCAUUGCUGCCGCGGGGACAAGGUCCACAUACACCUCUCGCCACUACCACCGUCUGUGCAUCCUCACCGCCACGCUGAGCCAGCGCGGCGGUGAGUUGCACCUUGGGACACCACCCACCUACUAUCUGUUGUGGCCUGGUUCGCCCGCGAGGGACUCACAAGGUCGAUUUCGGCCCCGGCCGGGGAGCAGGCCGGGGAGGGGAGGAGGUGUAGUGGAAUGGGAGGCACGCUCAGCAGAGAGGAUAAGAUCGCCUUCUUCGAAUCCUUGGACCAGUCCCAGCAGCGGGUGCUGAUCGGAGACAAGGGCGACGUCGCGUCGGGCACCAUCAUAGGGCGACGGCUGGAGGCGUGCGCGACGAACGACGACCAAGGCAUGGUGAAGAGGAUCGUGGAGGCCGGCUCCAAGAAGACGGCGGGUUUUCGACUUCGACCGACCAGUCUUCGUGCUUUGACGUUGCUGCCUGUCACUGCCGUGUGGGUCUUCUUGGUUGCAGCCGCCUCCAGCGUGGCGCUGGCGUCGAGCCUUCCCUGCUCACCGGACCUUCGAGUCUCAUGGGUGGUAAAUAAUUCGGCCACAGCAUCAGAACUGGCAAGAGCUUCCAACUGUUCCGGCGGGGUAUUCGACGUGGAGUGGAUCGGACACGUUGAAAUCCCCGAAACAAUUUAUAUCGUCGACGAUACUGUCAUGAACAUAACCGGAGCUGGGGCUGGUGCUGUCGCCGACGGGGCGAAUAGGACACAGUUUCUGAACGUCGUUAAUGCCGCAAUGUAUGUGAGUGGUCUCCGUAUCCAGAAUUGUACAUCUGAGCUAGGUGGGGCGAUCUAUGCGGAUACAUCCACAAUGAGCUUCAUCAACACAACGUGGUCCGAUAACACCGCCGCCGUAGAUGGAGGGGCAGUAUACGUGUACAACAGCUCGCACGUGUCCUGGAGCGGAGAGACGACGUGGUCACACAACACUGCCGCCUCCGACGAUGGAGGGGCAGUUUUCGUGAAUAGAAGCUCGGACGUGUCGUGGAGCGGAAGUUCGAUGUGGUUCGACAACAGCGCUGGCGACCAUGGAGGAGCAGUUUACGUUCACGAAAGCUCGCACGUGUCCUGGAGCGGGGAGACGACGUGGUCUCACAACACCGCCAGCGGCGAUGGAGGGGCCUUGUGGGUGUGGGACAGCUCGGACGUGUCCUGGAGCGGAGAGACGACGUGGUCCGACAACAGCGCUGGCGACGACGGAGGGGCGGUGUACAUGGGCGACAGCGCGAACGUGUCCUGGAGUGGUGAGACGACGUGGUCUCACAACAACGCCGACGAUGAGGGAGGGGCGGUUUAUGUGUACGAUAGUGAUAGUGUGUCCUGGAGCGGAGAAAAGACGUUUUUGAACAACAUCGCCAGCGUCUAUGGAGGGGCGGUGGUCGUGACGAGCAGCUCUAACGUGUCCUGGAACGGAGAGACGACGUGGUCUAACAACACCGCCGGUGAAGGCGGGGCGGUUAAUGUGUACCUCGGCUCGGAUGUGUCUUGGAGCGGAAACACGACAUUUUUGAACAACACCGCAGGCGUUGGAGGGGCGGUUGAUGUGUACGGCAGCAGUGUGUCCUGGAGCGGAGAAACGACCUAUUUGUACAACAUCGCCAGCGUCAAUGGAGGGGCGGUUGUCGUGACGGGCAGCUCGGAUGUGUCCUGGAGCGGAGAGACGACGUUUUCCAACAACGCCGCCGGCAUCACCGCAGGAGCGGUUGCCGUCUUUGACAGCUCGGAUGUGUCCUGGAGCGGGGAGACGACGUUUUCCAACAACACCGCCGGCGUCACCGCAGGAGCAGUUGCCGUGUUUGACAGCUCGGGUGUGUCCUGGAGCGGAAACACGACGUGGUCUUCCAACAUCGGCAAUCAAACGGGGGCGGUUCACAUCUUUGACAGCUGGGGCGUGUCCUGGAGCGGAGAGACGACGUUUUUGAACAACACCGCUGGUGAAUAUGGGGCAAAUUACACCGCCGAUUCACAUGGAGGGGCGGUUUACGUGUACCUGGGCUCGGAUGUGUCCUGGAGCGGAGAGACGACGUUUUCCGACAACACCGCUGGUCAAUAUGGGGGGGCGGUUUUCGUGCUCCUGAGCUCGGAUGUGUCCUGGCACGGAGAGACGACGUGGUCAAAAAACACCGCCGGCGAUAAUGGAGGGGCGGUUUACGUGUACGACAGUUCAAGUGUGUCCUGGAGCGGAGAGACGACGUGGUCGGACAACAGCGCCAGCGACGAUGGAGGAGCGGUCUACAUGAAUCUGGGGUCGGAUGUAUCCUGGAGCGGAGAAACGACUUUUUCAGGCAACGCUGGGGUCUAUGGAGGGGCGGUGGUCGUGACGGCCAGUUCGAACGUGUCAUGGAGCGGACAGACGGCGUGGUCUAACAACUCCGCCAGCGGCCAUGGAGGGGCGGCGAUCGUGUACGACAGUUCAAGUGUGUCCUGGAGCGGAGAGACGACGUGGUCUAACAACACCGCCGGCGAUGAUGGAGGGGCGGUGAUCGUGACCGACAGUUCCGGUGUGUCCUGGAGCGGAGAGACAACCUGGUAUAACAACUCCGCCAGCGACAAUGGAGGGGCGGUGAAUGUGUACCUAGGCUCGAACGUGUCUUGGAGCGGAGAAACUACGUUUCUCAGCAACAUCGCGGGCGGCAUAGGAGGGGCGGUGUUCGUGGUGGACAGCUCGGAUGUGGUUUGGAGUGAAAUCACGACGUUGGCAUUCAACAAUGGUGGCAAUUUCUCGGGGGCGGUCUACGUGGAAAGAAGCUCGGGCGUGUCCUGGCGCGGAGAGACGACGUGGUCUCAUAACACCGCCGGCACGGACGGAGGGGCAGUGAUCGUGUACCUUGGCUCAGAUGUGUCCUGGAGCGGAGAAACAACGUUUAUCAACAACAUCGCCGGUGAUGAUGGAGGGGCGGUGGUGGUGAUGGCCAGUUCGGAUGUGUCCUGGAGCGGGAAAGCAACGUGGUCUAACAACACCGCCGACCAACUUGCAGGGGCGGUUUAUUUGAGCAACUGCUCGGAUGUGUCUUGGAGCGGAGAGACGACGUGGUCUUUCAACGUCGGCAACCAGUCGGGGGCGGUUCAGGUCGAAGAAUGCUCGGGUGUGUCCUGGAGCGGAGAGACUUUGUGGUCUCAUAACACCGCGCGCUUGGCGGGGGCUGUGUUGGUGUCCACAAGCUCAGAUGUGUCCUGGAGUGGGCAGACGACGUGGUCUCAAAACACCGCUGACAGUGGAGCGGCGGCGGUUGUGAUCGACAGCUCGGACGUAUCCUGGACCGGAGAGACGAUGUGGUCGCAAAACCAUGCCGAAAGUCAUGGAGGGGCGGUUUACGUGCAAGGCAGCUGGGCGUCCUGGAGCGGAGUAACGACAUGGUCUAACAACACCGCCGGAGAGAAUGGAGGGGCGGUUUCCGUGCGCUCAGGCUCAGAAGUGUCUUUGAGCGGAGAGACGAAGUGGUCUCACAACACCGCCGGAGAGGAUGGAGGGGCACUGCACGUAGUAAGCUCGACUGUAUUCAAUAUUAGCUCAUCUAUUUUUGAGAGCAACACGGCCGGUGCCGGGGGUGCGGUAAUGUUGUCCGGUGUGGUCAUUGGUCCAGAGUUCAUUCAAAUAAAUUUCACCGCCAACAGAGCCCCGAGGGGUGGUGCCGUUUACUCGGUGAGCAGCGGGAUAGAAACCAAUGGUGGUGGAGAUCCUCUUUUUCCGGUAGGAUACAAGGACUGCCUCUUUAGGGACAACGAGGCAAGUGUCACGGGUGGUGCGAUAGAGACUGCCGCGGGAUAUGAUUUCGCAAUUAAUUCGGUCUUUGAAGCGAACGCAGCAGGUGUUGGAGGAGCACUUCGGCUCGGUGGCUCCGCUAUAUUGACAAAUUGCACUUUCAUCGACAACACUGCCGAGGAUGAGGGCCCGGCGGUAUCGAACUUGGGUGUCUUAGAUCUAGAGGGCACUUCUCGUUUUUCUGGGAACGUUCUGUCGUGCGAGAACGGAAUGUAUCUGGACAGUGUUGAUGGUGACAGAUACCAAACAGUCUGUGAUGGAUGCCCCGUAAACAAUAGUGAUUGGAUAGUGUCAGUGGAGAAUGGAGACAGGGUUCCGAUUUGUGUCGUACAGCUAGACCACACUCGAAGCGAAGGCGGAGAUACGACCAUCGAAACAUUGGAACUGAGUUCUGGCUAUUGGCGAGCCACAAAUGAUAGUGCCAACGUCCUGGCUUGCUACAACGAAGAUGCCUGCGUGGGGGGGAUGACGAAUGAUCCAGCCUUCUGUCAGCGAGGCUACGAGGGACCUUAUUGCUCGGUGUGCAGCGAAGGAUACUCCAUGUCUCUGGCGUUCACCUGCACCGAAUGCGUGGAUGACCACGGCGGCAUUGCAAUUAUGGUGGUUGUCGGCGUUUUCGUUCUGGGCGCGGCUAUCGCCCUCUGCAUGCAUCUUGUCUCGGGAGAGAUGGAGGGUGCUCGCCGAGGGGUCAUCCAUCGGGUCGUCAAACGUCUUCCUCUUCAAUCCAUCAAGAUCGUUGUGGUUGUGUGGCAGAUCCUAACCCAGUUUUCGUCCGUGGCAAACGUGACGUACCCGGACGUUUACCAGCGCUUCCUUGAUGGAGUCAACAUCCUGAACUUUGAUGUGCUUUGGAUCCCCUCGGCCGGGUGUCUUGUAGAGGUCGAUUUUCACGGCCGUCUGUUGGUAGCCACGAUCGGGCCCCUGGUCGCUUUGGCCUUGCUGGCGAUCACUUAUACCGUUGCGAAGCGCAGGAGCUCUGGGUCGGAGGCGGCCCUCCAGAAAAUUCGUCACAAGCACAUGUCGAUGGUACUCUUGAUUACUUUCCUGGUGUACUCUUCGGUUUCGGCCACGGUUUUCCAAUCGUUUGCGUGUGAAGAUCUGGACGACCACAAGAAGUAUUUGAGGGCAGAUUACCGUAUCGAGUGUGAUUCUUCGGAGCACCAAGCCUUUCAAGUAUUUGCGGGCAUCAUGAUCCUUGUGUACCCGGUGGGAAUCCCGCUUUUCUACGGAUACCUUCUGUACAAGCAUCGUCGUGUGUUGAAGAGUGAGGAUGCGGGUAAACGUCAAACGAGUCCCCAAGUACAGCCAAUCUCCGAUUUAUGGUUUCCGUACAAGCCGGGGCGGUUUUAUUACGAGGUGAUCGAGUGCGUGCGUCGAAUGUCGUUGACGGGAGUGGUUGUUUUCAUCUACCCCAACACUGCGGCACAGGUUGCCGUGACGUUGAUGAUUGCAUUUUCGUUUGUUGUCACGUCUGUGGUCUUGGCUCCUUAUGUUUCCAAGUGGGACGCUAGCAUUUCCCUCGUCGGGCACGUCAUCGUGUUUACGAGCAUGUACACGGCGCUCUUGAGCAAGGUAGACGUAUCGGAUGAGCGCGCCGAUAGCCAGGAGGUGUUUGCGGGUGUUCUGGUUGCUGCCCACGCCUGCAUGGUUGUUGCUGUCGUGGUCGAGACGAUAGUAAUCUUUUACUCUUGGAGGUGAACCGAGGGACCUGUCUGCAGAAAUGGUCCCCGCCCCCGGGUUUACGGCAAGGGGUCAGUUCCUCCUCUCCAAGAAGACCCCGUCCUCUCGUAGAGGUACUCUCAUAGAGGUCCUGAUUUGUGUAGUCUAAUGUCUUGAAAUAUUUUGUUUUCUUGCGUGUUUCGAUGUAAACAACAUUGGUUUGGUGUUAACGUGUUUUAGCAUUGACGUUGUUUGCUGAGUUAGGGUAAGGGUUUGAGAUACAAGAAACAGGAGCAGCGUGUAACCAAGAUGCUCACGGAACGGGACUACCAGUAAGAUUGCGAGGUAACGAUAAAUGCAUCUCAAUCGAACUGCGUUGUGGAUACCCAGCGUCACUUGUUUGUACGAUUGGAUUCGCUUUUUAGCCGGGGUUUACUAUGAUAUAGUUGAUCUUAAUACAUAC